AUUAUAAUUUUACUAUUAUAUCAUUAUAGCCCCAUCGAUUGAAAAUGAAGGGAAAUUGAAGGAGCAAUCGUCAGGAAUAUUUAGAAUUUGAGGAAACGAGCAAAAAAUUACAGAUCUUGAUACCUAUUUGCAAGAAUACAGUGAUUUAAUCAUUUGCAGAUUUUAAAAUUUGAGUCUGCCCCAUCCAUAAUUCUCUAUGUAUGGCCGACUGUUUUGGCUUGAGUCUUUGUCUUGUAUGUCGAGUCGAGGGGUGUCGGAGGUCGAAAAAAGCUGGCUGUCGGCGGUCAGCGUCGGAGCCGUGUUGACUUCUGUUAUGCCGAAGUAAAGAAAGAGGGGAUGGGGGAGCGAGGAGUCGAGGACGAAAGGGGCAGCGUAUGGGAAAAAAAAAGGGAAGAACGGCGGCGGCGGUGGCCGUUGGGGCUGCUGUUCCGGCCGAAAGAGGGGAGGCGGCAGCGAUUUACGCCGUUCAUCAUGGGAGAGAUGAGAGGAAGAGAGAGAAUAAGGGAGCAAUGGCAGCUGUGGGGCAGCAAAGGAGCCGAGAGAGGGAGAAAGUGACUGUGUUAGGUGUGUGCUAAUUUUAUUGUAAAUUUCAGCAAAGGAGCCGAGAGAGGAGAAAGUGUGAUUGUACUAGGUGUGUGCUGUUGCAAAUUUUAGAUUGAGGCAAUAAGGAUAUAAUAGUAAAAUUAUAAUUAUUUUUAUUAUUUUUUUAAAUAAGGGGCUAUGGUGAAAAAAUUGGGGGCUGUAUUUAAAAUUACCCAAUUAACAACUCUAUUAUAAACUUGGGCCUAAAUGAAAAGAUCCAAGAUGAAGAUGGAUCCAAAAAUCAGCCCAUUAAUCGGAAUGAAGUCAGCUCAACUUCACACUUCGCACUCCGAUCUCCAUCAAUGUGGUAAAUGGAAUGUUGAGCGCAACAUCAUGAGAAGAAUUCUCGCGGGGAAGAAGAUUUUGAAUCGGAUCCCAUGUCCCAACCGGUCCUUUUGCUCCGCCCCUGGAAACAACAAACCCACCACCGGCGGCGGCGGCAGUUCUUCUACUCCGUCGUUGAGUAAAUACAAUGAGCAAUACAAAGCUCUGGAAAACCUCGAUUUCAUGAAAGCCGCAAAGAUCCUCUUCUCCGACUCUCCCAAGAAGAAGAAGUUUGGGUUGGAUUUCCAUCUGGUGCAGCUAUUCUUUGCUUGUUUGCCGUCGUUGGCUGUGUAUCUUGUUGCUCAGUAUGCCCGCGGUGAGAUGAAAAAAAUGGACGCGGAAUUGGAAAAAAAGAAACAAGCUGAGUUUGAAGCUCAAGCAAAAGAGAUGGAGCUCAAGGCUGCUGAACAAAAAGCAUUAGUAGCAUCGAAUCCAGAGAUUUUGGAGGUGAAAGAGAGACUCGAUAAGCUCGAGGUGAUGGUGAAGGAUUUUGUUAUAAUUUCUAAGAAGCAAGCAGACGACACCACAAAAACAGGAGGAAAAGAUCAAAUUGAUCAAAAGCAAGCUGCUCGGGUUGAACAAGACAAUACUCUGAAUGAAUCUGUAGGCAAGACUUCUAUGGAAAAAGGAACAGUUGUAAGUGAAGGAAAGACAAGUGGACUUGCACCAGAUAUUCAUGCCUCACAGAGAAAUCAAAAUGAGACCAAAAAAUGAUGGACUCUUCAAGGAGUGAAGAAUGAGAAUUACUUAACAGAAUUUUGUUUACUGGAGCUUGCCAACAAUUUUCUAGAAAAGCUUUUACUGACUCAAUAUGAUUAAGUGCCUCAGGAAGAUGAUGACUUAUGAAAACACUUUCAAAGCAGGCUCAUUUUUUUGAUGUGGCCCAUUGGCGUCGUUGAUUAUACAGCUAGAAGCUGAAGUAGGCAAGUAGCUAGUUCUGUUGACUGCUCUUACCAACUUGUUCCUAUGAUAGAAUCUGGGUUAUCAGGAAUGGCCAAUUUUGUAAUUAUAUAUAGCUUUUACUUUUUUGGAUAAUCUUCUUGGCAUGAAAUGGAUGCUCCUUUGUCAA